CAUGCAGGAUUUCCUGUACCGUCAUUUGAAAACAGCGUUACCACGGCUCUAGUCAGCUGAACUUGGCAGGGGAGGCAGCCUUAAUGAGGUGAUAUGUGAAGGUCUCCUGAGUUUAGUUUGACUUGUUCAUGGCAAGCCAAGCCUGGCUGGAGUCCUCUCUGCGGCGCUCUGCCAGUCUGGGCCUGGAGGUGCUGGAGCGGGCCUCCAGGCGGAGUGUGGACUGGACAAGCACUGGAGCAUCCCAGACCUCCACUGCUACAGAAGAGGACGCACAAAUCCCAGUCAAGGACGCACACAUAGAGCUCGAUGAUGUCUUUGCAGCCAUCGCAGGGCUUAUGGUACAGACGACCUAUCAGUGCAAGAAGUUUUAUGGGUCUGGAUGUUGCACCGAGCCCACUGAAACUGAAAGGAGCCAUGUGUGCCGGUUCCACACACGGCAGGCUGCUGGGUCAACAAAACCUGCACUGUCAACCAGAAAACAUCAAAAGGCCCCACACAGCAAGGCUCCUGAGCCUGCAGCCGAUGAAGAUUUCUACAUCGAGGUUUCUCCAGGGACGUACGCCAUCACUGCCAGCGUGCCGGAGUCCCAGCAGCAGACGCAGCUGGUCCGCCUCAAAGCUGGAGAGAGCAUCAACCUCACCUUUAACCUCUGACGUCUCACAUGAGCAAAGCAGUCAAUAACUAAACCAAACAAAGCUAACCUAUCUGUGUGUUUAUUGCCUGUUUAUAGACAUAUUUUUGCUUCAAGAGUUUACAUUUUACUUUGCUAUCAAAGUUUUUUAAUUGCUUGAUAUAGAAGCCAUAUUUUUAUUACAUUAUACCGGAGCGUUUAUCAUGUAGAUUGUAUCAUAUAAUAAUGCACUUAACAUUUUUAUUUCCUGCACUAAAGCCACAUCAGUGUAUGAAUAAAGUAUUUUUU